AUGACCACCCAAACAGAGAUUGCUUCUGCUUCUUCUUCUCCUCCUCCUCCGAUCCCUCGAUGGAUAUACGAUGUCUUCCUAAGUUUCAGAGGCACAGACACCCGCAAUAGUUUUACAGAUUUUCUUUAUAACACUCUGAAACAGAAAGGCAUAAACACAUUUAGGGAUAAUGAAGAACUUGAGAGGGGGAAAGAAAUUGCUCCGGAACUCUUGAAGGCAAUUGAAGAAUCAAGAUAUGUAAUUGUCGUUCUUUCAGAAAAUUAUGCCGAUUCAUCUUGGUGUUUGGAUGAGGUUGCCAAGGUCGUGGAAUGCAUGAAACUGAUGGGACAGACAGUAGUCCCAGUUUUCUAUCAUGUGGAUCCGUUUGAGGUGCGAAGACAAAAAGGGAGUUUCGAGAAAGCUUUCGCCAAGCAUGAAAUACGAUUGAAGGACAAUCCAGAGAAGGUGAAAAGGUGGAGAUCUGCUCUUACCGAUGUAGCUAAUCUCUCUGGAUGGCAUUUGAAAGAUCGAGCUGAAUCAGAAGUUGUGCAAGAGAUUGUACGAUACAUUUUCAACAAACUAACUUAUCAAACAAUCUCAAGUCGUCCCUGCACGGAGUUAGUUGGCAUAGAUUCUCGAGUAAACGAACUCCUUGAUUACUUGGAUAUGCAUAACAUGAAUGGAGUAUGUACCGUAGGCGUUUUGGGUAUGGGGGGCAUCGGUAAGACAACUAUUGCCCAAGAAGUUUGUGACAGGAUAUACGGUCAGUUUGAGGCUUACAGCUUUGUUCCAAAAGUAAGAGAAGUAUCUGGAAAAGAAGGGCUCGUUCAUUUACAGAAGCAACUUAUUUCCGACAUCUUGAUGGAAUCUAAUGUGAAUAUACAAAGUAUUAAAAGGGGAAUCGACAUAAUGAGCCAGAGAUUUUGCACUAGGAGAGUUCUUAUCAUUCUUGAUGACGUGGAUGACUUGGAACAAUUGAAAGCUCUGUGCGGUCAUGGUUGGUUUGGCUCAGGGAGUAAAGUCAUAAUAACAUCAAGGGAUAGACAACUGCUGCUUACAUAUGGGAUAAGAGAGGACCGUAUAUAUAGUGUUAGGCUAUUGAGUGAUGUGGAAGCCCUUCAGCUGUUUAGUUGGAAAUCCUUCAAGAAAUAUAAGGUCAAAGAAGAUUUUAUCCAGCUAUCAAAGAAGGUUGUGGAAUAUGCUCAUGGGCUUCCAUUAGCUAUUGAACUUCUGGGUUCCUUGCUCUUUGGUAAAGACAUAAAAGUAUGGACAAGUGCAUUGGAUAGACUAAAAGCAGGAAAUCCUACCAAAAAAAUUGUUAAUGUGUAUAAAAUAAGUUUUGAUGCCUUGGAAGACACAGAAAAGGAAGUAUUUCUGGACAUUGCAUGUUUCUUUAAAGGAGAAGACAAAGAUCGUGUAAUAAGAAUACUAGAAAGUAAGUCUGGCUACAGCCCAGACAUAGAUAUAGAAGUUCUCAUGGAUAAAUCUAUAGUAAAUCUCCUUGGAAGAAAAGUGGAGUUACAUGAUAGGAUACAAGAACUGGGCUGGGACAUUGUUCGUCGACAAAAGCCGUACAAAGGUAGUAGGUUGUGGCUUCUCAAGGAUAUCAUUCAUUUGCUCAAACAUAACGAGGGCACGACUGCAAUGGAAGCUAUAUUACUCGAUUCGCCACAACCAGAGAAUGUUCGCUUCAAUGUUGAUCCUUUCUCGAAGAUGUCCAAGCUAAGAUUGCUCAAAAUUAAAAAUGUUCACCUUUUUGGAGAGGUUAAAUGUCUCUCUAAUGAGUUGCAACUUCUCGAGUGGCAUGUCUGUCCAUUACGUUCUUUGCCGUCAGACUUCCAGUCUGAUAAGCUUGUUGAACUUAGACUGCAGUCUAGCUCUAUCAGAGUGCUAUGGAAGGGGAAUAAACAGUGGAGAAUGCUAAAGUUCAUUGAUAUGAGUUAUUCCCAAUACUUGAUGAAGACCCCAGAUUUCAGUGAAGUUCCAAAUCUUGAGACGUUGAUACUUGAAGGCUGUAUAAGAUUGGUUGAGGUUCACACAUCCGUUGGAGUCCUUGAAAAACUUAGUUUAUGGAAUAUGGGAGAUUGCAAAUCUGUUAAGAGCCUUCCACCAUUCCUUCGGUUGGAGUCCCUUACAACUUUAAAGCUCUCCGCCUGCUCGAAGCUGAAGAAGUUUCCUAAAAUCGAAGGAUGUAUGCAACGCUUGUCGGAGCUUCAUCUAGAUGGGACUGCCAUAGAGGAAUUACCUCAGUCGAUUGAUCGUCUGACUGGUCUUACUCUUUUGAAUUUAGAAGACUGCAAAAAUCUUUUUCUUAUUCCUAGUACCAUUCGAUCCUUGAAAUCUCUGAAACGUCUAAUUCUUACAGGUUGCUCAGAACUUAGUGACAUAUCUGACGAUCUGAGUUGUGUAGAAUGUCUGGAGGAGCUUGAUAUCAGUGGAACUGCUAUAAGAGAUUUCACGGGCAUCGAAGGAAUGAAGAAUCUGAAGUCCCUAUCUCUAAGAGGGUCUAGAAACUCAACCCCAAAAUCAUGGCAUUCGGCGGUCUUGGGUUGUUUGGGGAUGGUUAAAAGCAGCGAUGCUCCCUUGAGAUUGUCACUGCCUACGUCCUUCUCAGGUUUAUGUUCUUUGACAGAGCUAAACAUAAAUGAUUGUAAUCUGAUGGAUGGAGUGAUACCCAAUGAUCUUGGCAAUCUAGUCUUAUUGAAGAGAUUAAAUCUGAGUGGUAAUAACUUUGUUCAUUUACCGGAAAGCAUCUCUCAGCUCUCCAAGCUUGAAUCUCUCUACCUGAGAAACUGUAGCAAGCUGCAAUUACUGCCUAAGAACCUUCCAUUGAGUCUUCGAGAUGUGAAUGCAGAAGAUUGUCAGUCACUGACAGAUUAUCCAGAUCAAUUCAAAGUAUGGACUUCCACUGUUUCAGGAAUGACUACUAUUAGUUCCAUCAUUUCAUCCAAACAUCAAACAUAUUCUGCUACUGGUCAGGCCGGGAAAAUCUCACACACAUGGAUUGCAUCUACUAUCCCGGGACGUAGCAUCUUCAGUUGUUGCACAUCAUCAGAUAACCAUCAACAACGGAAGCUAGUUGAGGAUUUGUCGUUGCCAAAUCAAGUGCUUCAGAAACAACUUGAGCUACUCGAUUAUAAGUCAAGCCCCAUUAGUUCUGGUUGUCAUGGAGAUGAAAUUCCCGAGUGGUUCAGCAAUGUAGAUUCAAACAGUUACAUAGGACAACGCAUACCUCCAGGACUGGAAGAUGAGGAACAGUGGAUGGGGGUUUCUGUUGUCAUCUUAGUCAAGGGACAUCCUCCUGUCUCGGAGAUUGAACCGGAAACUUCUAACUAUUUCUAUAAAUGCAUAGUCGGAACUGAAGAUUUUCAACUGAGUCCGAUUCUCCUUGACUGGGACAAAUAUCUUGGCUCACUUCCAUUCAGUUCUCAUUUUCUUUUCUUUUUCUACGUACCUCGCCUCUACUUCUCCUCCAAGAAUUUAAAUCAAUCACGUUUAAUGUGCGCCUUCUUUUGGACCAAUAACCCACGCAUGGAGGUCCAGAAAUGUGGGAUUCGCCUACUAUUUGAGCAAGGGAUUCCAGAAUUCAUCCAAACAUACAUGCCACCUGCUUUUGGUCAAGACCGCAAACAUAAGGUCAUCUGCGAAUUCCCUGCGUCUUCAGAAAGCGAAAAUGUUGAUGAAACUUCAAUUGAUUCUGGAUGGUUAAGUCUACAAAUUGGUGGCAAUCUUAGAUGGGAGAAACUAAUUCCAACUUGUACAGAAGAAAUUCAGUUGAGACGGAACAUUGAGUCGGUUCUUUUAAGAUAUCUCCAGGAACUAAAGCAGAGUGCUCAAAAUUAUGAUUUUCUUACAAGGGGAUGCCCGGCGUGGUUCAACCCUGAAGUUGGGGAGCAAGUAUUAAUCCAGUUGCUGCCUAAUCAGAAUCUCCACAAGAAUAAGAAAUGGAUGGGACUUGCUCUAUGCGCAUCAUUCGUAGUGGACAAGCAUACAGUACAAAACGAUUAUCAAGUUUCUUGUAGACUCCAAAGGGCCAGAUCUCAUUCUGUGGGAUUUAACAUGUCGCUGGACUGUAGAACCGUCAUGAUGCCUGGCACGCAUCAACUUUUGGUUCUUUAUAUUCCACGGGCAGUGAUUCCUGAACUGUUCAUUCAAACACCAUCAGAAGAAAUCUGCACUGUCUAUACAACCCAUAGCCCUGGUGUAACGGUUGAACUCUGUGGGCUUCGUGUUUUGUACCCGCAAGAUUUACGACAGUUUGUUCAGACAAUCAUGCAUUGCAUAUUCCGCAGCUCAGGUGCGCCCCCUGAGGUCGUUUAUAAUAAAUUGAUCAAAGAUUGGUUAAGUUUGAUAAGAUUGCCAAGUCAUCAAGUCCACGCUUCACGCGAAGGUGAUUCCAGUAAGCAAGAGGGAAAAAAACUUCAGUCGAUCCCCCAGAGCUAUAGUAAUCAGGACUGGUCUACAAGUCACUUCGCUUAUACGUUCCCCGGAAUCGGAAUUCCCGAAUGGUUCAUGACUGUAGGCAAAAGCGACACUGCUCAAAUCCAACUGAGUCCAAGUUUGUUUUACGAGGGUAGUUGGAUGGGAGUUGCUGUGUGUGCUUCUCUAUCCAUCCACGAACAUCCAAACGCAGUCUUCUCUAUUCAUGACAUUUUCUGUUUUCUGGAGUCUAAUAUUACCAACAGCGGUGUUGUCCGUUUUAGGUUCCCUACAGACAAUGAAAUGUGGUCGCAUGCAUGCGAUUUUGUCUGCUUCGUCUACUUACCGCGUGUACUAUUUCCUGAAUCCUGGAAUCAGAGCGAUAAUCUGAAUGCUACUGUUGGGUCCAGCAGCACAGGCUUAGGAGUACAGAAUUGUGCCAUUCGUCUAGUAUUUAAGGGGGAUUUGAAUGAUGUUGCAGAAAUGUUGUCCCUCUGCAACUUACGUGCACAUUGCCCUCACUGUGAAGAAGCUAGCAAAAGAACUUAGUCAAAAGAGGGUAGAACCAUAGAAGAAAGAAGCUUGCUUUCCUACAGUAAGCAUAUACAUGCCCUCUCAGUUUCCAAUUUUUUGGAUGCAUUCCAUACUGG